CCAAAUAUGGAAUUCUGAUUAGUUGCUAGGGCAACAGGCAUGUAGCUUUCGUCGUCAAUCGAGCAAGAAGUGGUUGAUCUAUGUGAAAGGGCGCUUUAGAGUUUAUUAAAAAUGUCCACAAAACAUGCAAUGUGUACAACGGUAGAGCAGCCAUUUGGUUCGACAGUCAGGACCAAAGGACCCGCGAAAAAGGAGACACGUGUGCUUUAUCGUUCUACUAAGAAUGGAGAAAUAAUAGCAGAGGCGUUUACAUCGAAGUCAAGACUGCAGAACUCUAUAGUGAAGCCUGCUCCUCCGGCUGGAGCAUUUAAGGAAAGGCAAGCCCCACAAACAAACUUCAGGAAGUGCUAUGACCGGGGUGACUUUCCAAUUGCCCUAGAACACGACACCAAGGGGAACAAGAUUGCCUGGAAGGUCGAGAUUGAAAAACUGGAUUAUCACCAUUAUUUGCCAUUGUUUGUUGAAGGUCUCUGCGAGACAAGCCACCCUUAUGAGUUUUUCGCCAGGCAAGGUGUCCAUGAUAUGUUAGAGCAUGGGGGUAGCAAGGUGUUGCCGGUGAUCCCACAACUGAUCAUUCCAUUCAAGCAAGCACUUAACACAAGGAACCCAAAAGUUGUGUGCACAACUUUGAAAGCACUCCAGCAUCUUGUUGUCUCUGCUGACUUGGUUGGUGAGGCACUGGUUCCAUACUACAGACAAAUCCUACCAAUCCUGAACAUCUUCAAAAACAAAAAUCUCAACUCUGGUGAUGGCAUUGACUACAGUCAACAAAGAAGAGAAAACAUUGGGGACUUGAUUACUGAAACACUUGAAGGAUUUGAGAGGCGAGGCGGCCCUGAUGCCUUUAUCAAUAUCAAGUAUAUGGUGCCAACCUAUGAAUCGUGCAUGUUAAAUUGAUUUCCAGAUAGUUUAAACCAACAACUACCUCACCUCUUGGUUUUUU